UACAGCGGCCUCUAGCGACAGGUGUCGAGCUCUGCAGUAUCGCGCUGUGGAUUGUGGGUGGCAGGGACGUCGUUUCGUUUGAGCUUGACGAGCAGUAGUGGACUCAACUCAACCAUAUCGCCGUGCUCUUUGCUGCAGGAGUGGCAACAUACAUGUCAACAUGUCUAGCCGUGUUGGAAAGAAAAAGAUUACCAAGACAUCCCGGUCUACUAAGGCUGGAGUUAUUUUCCCUGUUGGCAGGAUGCAGCGUUACUUGAAAAAAGGACUUCCCAAAUAUCGGAUUGGUGUCGGGGCUCCAGUAUACAUGGCUGCGGUUUUAGAAUACCUGACUGCUGAAAUUCUGGAGCUGGCAGGAAAUGCAGCCCGAGACAACAAGAAGGGCCGUGUUACACCCAGACACGUUUUACUAGCAAUCGCCAAUGACGAGGAACUCAACCAUUUGCUGAAGGGUGUUACUAUUGCUGCUGGUGGAGUAUUGCCCAAUAUUCACAAAGAACUGCUUUCCAAAAAGACAGGGUCAAAAGGAAAGCCUGAAGCUUUUGUCAUCCCUGCACUAACAAAAAGUUCUAGGGCCACCAAAAAAGCAGUUGUCAAGAUACUUGGAACCAAAACAUCAUCAAGAGUUAAGAAACGAGGUGAGGCGGCUAAAGCAGCAAGUGCAGACAGCACCACAGUGACUGAUGGCUUUACUGUGCUCUCCUCUAAAACUCUGUUUCUUGGCCAGAAGUUGCAAGUUGUGCAAGCUGAUAUUGCCACCAUUGAAAGUGAAGCCAUUGUUCACCCAACCAACUCCACCUUCUACUUGGGUGGUGAAGUAGGCAAUGCUUUGGAAAAGAAAGGGGGAAAGGAGUUUGGAGAUGCAGUAGUUGAACUACGCAAGAAAAACGGCCCUCUGGAGGUGGCAGGAGCUGCCCUGACCUCAGGAUAUGGACUUCCUGCAAAGUUUGUCAUCCACUGUAACAGUCCAGGAUGGGGAUCAGAUAAAUGUGAAGAGAUGCUGGAUAAAACUGUGAAGAACUGUCUUGCUUUAGCUGAUGAGAAGAAACUUAAAUCUGUGGCCUUUCCAUCUAUCGGCAGCGGCAGAAAUGGUUUUCCUAAACAGACUGCCGCCCAGCUCAUACUGAAGGCUAUCUCCAGCUACUUUGUGACAACAAUGUCCUCCUCAAUCAAAAUUGUAUAUUUUGUAUUGUUUGACAGUGAGAGCAUAGGGAUCUAUGUGCAGGAAAUGGCAAAACUUGAUGUCAAUUAAUGUUACUAUAUAUAUA